AAAAAAAAAAAAAGUAAAAAAUUCGAGGGGGUUCAGGCCGAUAAGGCAAUAAAGUGUUUUUUUUUUUGAAUGCGCUGCAAUUUCUGUAAUCCACUUGUCCUCAACCCUUCUUUCAUACUUCAAUCAACAAGUAUCAAGACGCUGGUUCACCGUCAAUUUACUCCCGCGCCCACGAUCGAGGGCUUUUUGGGCAGUUCUUACUGACCCUUUCUCAAAAUCUCCACUCAGUGACAUUCUUUUGUUAUCUAUUCUGUCUCUUUCUUAAUUUUGUCCUGUUGAAUUACCAGUUUUCUCCCUUUUCCCUCUUACUUCUGCCCAAAAUACCAAAAACACCAAAAAUACCAAAACACCAAUCAACAAACACCGAAUGGUCACGAUGCCUCAUCAUGUGCCGCCCAUAGUGGUCGCUCAUUCCGAUGCUCCUCCCCCACCAUCUAAGGAGGAUGUAGCAUCCAUCCUGAACACGAUAUUUACUGCCAAAACAUCCGCUGCUUCUGUCGACGCCAGUUAUGGUCUUUGCGAACUCCUUAUUAAGACUGUUGGAUUUCGAGGUCUAAACGAAUAUGGCGUACUACCCGAACUCAAGAAAGCCGCCUCUGACAAAAAGAGUGGUCUACGAAGAGAAGGUGCCCAGAAUCUUCUUGGUGCUAUAAUCGAAAAAUUCCCGCCCCGACAACCUGUGAGCGAAGUUGUCUUCCUCAUUCAAGAUGGUGGACUCGUGCCCGUUCUUUUGGAUGCCUUGGCCGAUAAGGGUACCGUUGUGCGCGAUGCUGCGCAAUACGGAAUUGAUGCUCUCUUCGGCCAUUUGAGCUCUGAGGCUCUGGUUGUCGGUCUACUGCCUGCGCUUCUCACGUACCUAUCUAAAAAGACUGGAAAGUGGCAAGGCACGGUUGGCGCCCUGAAACUAAUUCAGAGAAUGGCUGAUAAGGCGAAACUGGAAAUCGGAUCCACAAAAGAGCAGGCAGAGGAGAAAGAUAUCCUCAGAGAGGCCAUGGGUGCAAAGCUAGCUAGCCUAAUUCCCAUUGUUGAAGGGAAUAUGCACGACCUCAAAUCCGAGGUUGAGAAGCAAGCCCUUAUUUCGAUGCAGUCUCUCACGACGCUAUUGUCCAACGACGAUGUCGCCCCCAGGAUUCCUCUCUUGGUCGAUACCAUGCAUCACCCUUCUACACAAACUCUCCAGAAGGCAAUCCACGCUCUCUCGCAGACUACCUUCGUCGCUGUGGUCACAUCUCCUGUCCUCGCUCUUCUCACCCCUUUCCUUGAGAGAACUCUAAACAACCCUAGUACCGCUCAGGAGGUAUUGCGACAGACUGUCGUGAUUACUGAAAAUCUGACUAAGCUUGUCCACGAUCCCAUUGAGGCGCGAACUUUCUUGCCAAAACUUCAACCAGGUAUCAAGAGUGUCGUAGAGCGAGCACCACUACCGGAAGUGCGUGAGUUGGCUACCAGAGCAUUGGAUGUCAUGGACAAAGCUAUGGGUAAUGAUGGCGCAGUCGUGGAGAGGACCUCGGCAGAUGACGUUGCUAAGGUUCUAGACGCUGAAAUUAAGAAGAGCGGUGGACACUCCGACUUGGACAUUUACAAGUUAGCGCGCCCAUACAUCUGCGAGAUGGUCGCCGAAGAUGCCAACCACCGCCAUGUCGCUCGGAUCUCUGCCCGGAUUGCACCUUAUCUUAAAGACAUCAUACAACAACCGGAUGUUAAUGAUGCUGUUGCUUCCAGUGUUCAGCAAUAUUACAUUGCCGAAGAUCAGCGCAAAUAUGGUGUUCCGGAGAAGGAGGACGAUGGAGAGAUCGAGAUCGUCAACGCGGACUUCUCCUUAGCAUAUGGUGGUAUGCUUCUUCUGUCUCAUACAAACCUCCGUCUUCUUAAGGGACAUCGUUAUGGUCUUUGCGGCCGCAAUGGUGCUGGCAAGUCUACAUUGAUGAAGAGUAUCGCUGGUGGCAAGCUAGAAGGCUUCCCUCCUCAAGAUGUCCUUCGUACAUGCUACGUGGAGCACAACCAAGGAGAAGAUGCCGAUAUCAGUAUCCUGGACUUCAUGGCCAAAGAUCCUACUAUCGCAUCUGAAGGCAGGGACAGAAUUUCCGAAGUCUUGGCCGAGUUCGGUUUUACGGCCGGCCCCGAAGGCAAACAGCAUCAGAAAGUCGGGUCUCUUUCAGGUGGAUGGAAGAUGAAGCUAGCUCUUGCUCGUGCAAUGCUGCAGAAAGCUGAUGUCUUGUUGCUUGACGAACCUACCAAUCACUUGGAUGUCGCCAAUAUCGCUUGGCUAGAAACUUACUUGAAGACUCACACGGAUAUCACUAGUUUGAUCGUUUCUCACGACUCAGGUUUCCUGGAUAACGUGACUACCGACAUCUACCACUAUGAGCCUGGAAAGAAACUUGGCCACUUUAAGGGUAACCUAUCCGACUUCGUUAAUAUCCGCCCCGAAGCCAAGGCAUACUACACUCUUUCUGCCAGCAACGUCCAGUUCAAGUUCCCACCUCCGGGCAUUUUGAGUGGCGUGAAAUCACAGACACGAGCCAUCAUUCGAAUGACAGGAGUGUCCUACCAGUAUCCAAAGGCACCAAAACCCUCCCUAGCUGACGUUUCAUGUCAACUAUCACUUUCAUCCCGCGUCGCUGUCAUUGGACCCAACGGUGCCGGAAAAUCUACUUUGAUCAAGCUGUUGACUGGUGAAGUGAUUCCGACCGCCGGAAGGGUUGAGAAACAUCCCAACUUGCGAAUUGGUUACAUCAAGCAACAUGCCCUUGAACACGUGGAAAUGCACCUGGAAAAAACGCCAAAUCAGUACCUACAGUGGCGAUACGCCAAUGGAGAUGACCGAGAGGUGUUCUUGAAGCAGACUCGUAUUCUUUCGGAUAAAGACCGAGAGCAGAUGGAGAAAGGAAUCAAUCUCAAUGAUGGAAGGGGCGUACGCCAAAUCGAGGCCCUCGUUGGUCGACAGAAGUAUAAGAAAACACUUCAAUACGAAGUGAAAUGGAAGGCAACCCUCCCAAAGUAUAAUUCGCAGGUGUCUCGAGAGACUCUAAUCGAAUGGGGUUUCGAUAAACUAGUACAAGAAUUCGAUGACCAUGAGGCGUCCCGUGAAGGUCUUGGAUACCGGGAGCUUCAACCUACUGUCAUUUCUAAGCAUUUCGAGGAUCUCGGCCUUGACCCCGAAAUUGCUAAUCACAACGAAAUCGGCAGUUUGUCAGGAGGCCAAAAGGUCAAAGUCGUUAUCGCGGGUGCGAUGUGGAACAACCCCCAUUUACUUGUGCUUGACGAACCGACUAAUUUCUUGGAUCGCGACUCUCUUGGUGGUCUCGCGGUUGCAAUCCGAGACUUCAAAGGCGGUGUUGUUAUGAUUUCCCACAACGAAGAAUUCGUUGGUGCUCUUUCCAGUGAGCAGUGGCACAUCAAUGAUGGGCGUAUGAUCUUGAAGGGCAAUGUUUCUAUUGCUACGGAUCGCUUCGAAGACAGCAAACCAAACAGCGGUCUCAACAGCGCCAUCACUAGCGGGGUCAACAGCACAGCGGCAAGCAGUGCUGUCAGCAGCGCCGUUAACAGUGGGGUUGAGGAUAAUACACCACUGAAAUUCAAGGCCAAGAAGAAGAGGAAGAAGACGAAGAAGGAACUGAAGGAGCAAGAAGUUCGGAGAAGGCUGCGUCAUAUCGAGUGGCUCAACAGCCCCAAGGGGACCCCUCACCCAACUGAUACGGACGACGAAGAAUAGGUUGUCACGCCUUAGUCGUCUUUCUCACGAUAUUUCCGGCGGCUACGUUUUUGGCGCUCAGUUCCAUUGAGCACUUGAGUUUUCACUUCCGGGCUCGAUUCUUCAUAGCCUGAGGUAUCUAUCCCUAUGGGUACCUAGGUAGGCUAAAUCAUGAAUAGCAUUGUAGAUGCUUGGGAAGUUGGGACAUUCUGGCCCCACGACGAAUAAGGGUUUCAUAAAGGCGUUCAUAUAGAAGAGAAGGUUGGUUGAAUGGCAUUGAUAGAUCAAGACUUUUCGUAUUUGUGAAGACGAGACGACAGAAGUAUUACCGGAUGAAUAGACUUAAAAGUACCUACCUA